CUCGCGGCUCUGGAAGGCGACCAAUGAGCGCACUCGGGAAAAGCGGCGAGGCCAAUAUGGCUUCCUGCACCUGGUGACGGUUGUGGGAACUGUUGGGUCUCAUGGAGAAGCCGCGCGGCGUUGAGGAGAUUCCUUCUUCAGAACCCAUGGAGGAAGAAGAGGAAGAUGACGACUUGGAGCUCUUUGGUGGCUAUGACAGCUUCCGGGGUUACAACAGCAGUGCGGGCAGCGAGAGCAGCUCCUAUCUAGAGGAGUCCAGUGAAGCAGAAAAUGAAGAGAGGGAAGCAGGGGAGCUGCCCACCUCCCCCCUGCAUUUGCUCAGCCCUGGGACUCCUCGCUCCUUGGACGGCAGUGGUUCCGAGCCAGCUGUCUGUGAGAUGUGUGGUAUCGUGGGUACAAGGGAAGCCUUCUUCUCCAAGACCAAGAGGUUCUGCAGCGUCUCCUGUUCCAGGAGCUACUCCUCCAACUCCAAGAAAGCCAGUAUCUUGGCUAGAUUACAGGGAAAACCACCUACCAAGAAAGCCAAAGUCCUGCACAAAGCAGCCUGGUCUGCCAAAAUUGGAGCCUUUCUGCAUUCCCAAGGGACGGGACAGCUAGCAGAUGGGACACCAACAGGGCAAGACGCGCUGGUCUUGGGGUUCGACUGGGGGAAGUUCCUGAAGGAUCACAGCUACAAGGCUGCUCCUGUCAGCUGUUUUAAGCACGUCCCACUCUAUGACCAGUGGGAGGAUGUGAUGAAGGGGAUGAAGGUGGAGGUGCUCAACAGUGACGCCGUGCUCCCCAGCCGGGUGUACUGGAUCGCCUCUGUCAUCCAGGCCGCAGGGUACCGAGUACUGCUUCGAUAUGAGGGCUUUGAAAAUGAUGGCAGCCACGACUUCUGGUGCAACCUGGGAACUGUGGAUGUCCACCCCAUCGGCUGGUGUGCCAUCAACAGCAAGAUCCUGGUGCCGCCCCGGACCAUCCACGCCAAGUUCACCGACUGGAAGGGCUACCUCAUGAAGCGGUUGGUGGGCUCCAGGACGCUCCCCGUGGAUUUUCAUAUCAAGAUGGUGGAGAGCAUGAAGUACCCCUUUCGGCAGGGCAUGCGGCUGGAGGUGGUGGACAAGUCCCAGGUGUCUCGGACCCGCAUGGCUGUGGUGGACACGGUAAUUGGAGGUCGCCUACGGCUCCUGUACGAAGAUGGCGACAGUGACGACGACUUCUGGUGCCAUAUGUGGAGCCCCCUGAUCCAUCCAGUGGGUUGGUCACGGCGUGUCGGCCACGGCAUCAAGCUGUCAGAGAGGCGCAGCGACAUGGCCCACCAUCCCACCUUCCGGAAAAUCUACUGUGAUGCUGUUCCUUACCUGUUCAAGAAGGUUCGCGCUGUCUACACAGAAGGCGGUUGGUUUGAGGAGGGGAUGAAGCUGGAGGCCAUUGACCCCCUGAAUCUGGGCAACAUCUGCGUGGCAACCAUCUGCAAGGUUCUCCUGGAUGGCUACCUAAUGAUCUGUGUGGACGGGGGGCCCUCCACCGAUGGCUCGGACUGGUUCUGUUACCACGCCUCCUCCCACGCCAUCUUCCCAGCCACCUUCUGCCAAAAGAAUGACAUUGAGCUCACACUCCCAAAAGGCUAUGACACACGCACUUUCAACUGGGACACCUACUUGGAGAAGACCAAGUCGAAAGCAGCUCCAUCGAGACUGUUUAACAUGGACUGCCCCAACCACGGCUUCAAGGUGGGCAUGAAGCUGGAGGCCGUGGACCUGAUGGAGCCCCGGCUCAUCUGCGUGGCCACGGUGAAGCGGGUGGUGCAUCGGCUCCUCAGCAUCCACUUUGACGGCUGGGACAACGAGUAUGACCAGUGGGUGGACUGUGAGUCCCCGGACAUCUACCCCGUCGGCUGGUGCGAGCUCACCGGCUACCAGCUCCAGCCACCCGUGGCCACAGAGCCAACCACACCUCUGAAGGCCAAAGAGGCCACGAAGAAAAGAAAGAAGCAGUUUGGGAAGAAAAGGAAAAGAAUGCCACCGACCAAGACGCGGCCCCUGAGACAGGGGUCCAAGAAGCCCCUGCUGGAUGAAGACCCACGGGCCGCAGAGAAGGUCUCGGCGGGGGCCGCUCCCGAUGAGAUCAUCGCUGUGCGUGUGAAGGAAGAGCAUGUGGAAGCGGCCACGCCUGACAAGGCCCUGAGUCCAGAGCUGCCUGUUUCCAUCGAGAACAUCAAACAGGAGGCAGACGACUGAGCCGCCCCUGCUGCCAGCCUGGCCACCGGGAGGCCAGCGCAGGCUCCUCUGUCGCCACCUCCCUUCCACCCUCCUCAGUUUGGAGACUGAGCCUUUUUGCAUAAAUACCGCCUGGUGCUGAGGGCCCGGCACUGAAGGAUGAGCCGGGUCUCCUUCGACCUGCCUUGUGACCUCUGCCCUCUGGCAAGGCCUAGUGACUGGGGCUGCCUGGGGUCCCCACAUGGUCGGAGUGGCUCCCUCUCCAGCUCCAGUUCCUGAAGCUCUCCCUUCCAGUCGCCCCCUCCACACCCCUCAGCCGCCAGGGUUGGGGGCUGUGGCCUGUGCUUGCCACACUGCAAGACCAAACAGUGAAGUGUGCGUGCGCUUGUGUGUGCGGCCCAGCACGGCACAUAAUAAAGGCCUGCAGCCGCUCUUGAGGGGGAGGCCUCGCCUGGUUGGGGUGAGUGGUGUGAUGGUCUGAACAUUUUACCAAGUGGCCUGUCUUGCCUCCUGGGCUGUGCUCUUUCCUCCCAGCACCGCAGGGACAGCCAUGUCUGUUGGGCAGCUGAGAAGCAGUGACCAGGAUGUGGGUUUCAGUGGCUUGUGAGGCGUCCUUGACUUACGUUCCCUGUUGGCAGGAGCACCAGUUCCCAUUUCUAAAAGGGCAGAGGUGGGGUGUGCUCCCUGGGCUGGGGGCUUGCAGGGACCUAGCGAGGGGAAGACCACGCCAGCCCGUGCCCCUGGGGGAGCAGCAGGUGUGGGGGCCCCACCUGAUUGGGAGACGACCUCCAGCCUCGAUCUGAACCUGCUCCAGAGGCCGGCUGGGCUGGGGCCUGUCCUUGUCACUCCCCUUCUGUGAACCAGGGUCAGAGUCACAGGGCUGCGAGGGGAGUGUCAGUCCUGCUGGCGGAGGAGCCUGUGCAGGAGCAGGGGUAACAGGACACACUUCCUGGUUCCCUCUCCUUUGCUGUCCGAGCCCUUAACUCCUUAACACGGGUUUCCCUGCUCCUCUCGGAAAUUACAUUCUAGUUCACCUCCUGUUUGCCCAAAUUAGUCUCCUUUGAAACUGUCGCCUUUCUGAUCAAUCCUGUCUCUUCAUUCGCUCCCCUUUCUGGAACCUAAGGCGGAAGCUGCAGCCUCAGCCCUUUUCUUUCCUCUGCUGUGGGUAGGGAGCCGCACUGUCAGGGUCCACCUCUAAGGCGCAGCUGUGCUGGCCUGGAGUCCAGCUGCCGCCUGAGCUGGUCAGUCAGGCUGCUGUGGCCUGUGUUUGCCACUCGGGGUGCUGUCUGCUUGCUCAGGGCCUGGCUAUGGGGUGUCAUCCCAGAGAUGGGUGAUCAGCCCAAGGGGAGCCAGUUUCCAGUCAGUGGAGAGAACGUGGUCUGGUCUCCUUUGCUGAAGGCAUCAGGCAGCCCCACGUGGUGCAGAAACGAGCCCCAGAAAGCAGCUUGUUGGUGCAGCCUGAUUUCUCCAAAAAGUGACUAGAUUUGCAAACAGUGAAGGCCAAAAGCAGGGACAGACCGGGGUGUGACAGGCAGUGGCAUCAACCCCCAGGGACGAAGAUGGCCUAGGUGUUCCCUGUGGCUUCUGGGGAAACUGGAAUCGUAUGGCACUUUGGCCUUUAGUUUCUUCUUGAAUGAAGAAGUGACGCCUACAGGUGCCGUGGGCACAAAAGCUCCUGACGGUGGAGCUGAAGGACAAGUGUAGCUGCCACUCAGGCCCUGGACUGGCCUCCCCAGACAGUGAGAUAAUGAAAUCCCUUACUUGCUGAAGUCCGGUUUGUCUGAUUUUUGUUCCUUACAGCAGCGUGUGUUCUGAUAUACCGCCUCAUAGUAACAAUUGCGAGGUGAGUUCACAUGUGAAGAAGCAAUAAAGAAUAAAUGGCACCUGUCUCCUGA